AGAAAGGCAGGCCCUUCCUCGAAGUCUGCAGAGAAGCUGUGACACACCGAAGCAGCGAGGACAGAAGUGAUGAGGAGAGGAGUGGCGGACCUCAUCAAACUUCCCCGAAUGACGCGCACCGCUCCUCCCCGUUAACAGCGAGAAAGAAAGAAAGAAAGAGCGACAGAGAGAGAGAAAGAACAAAGUUCUCCCUUCUCACUUUAAUUCUCCUCAUGUGGCAACACUCGGACGGACUUUCAGUGAAGGGGGUUUGACUUUUAAAGCGACUGAGAAGUUCGGACAUGAGAGCACUCGGCGGGUAGGAAAAGGCAACUCAUCUCCAAGCAUCAUGAAGCUGCGCUCCGGCGUCUCUCUGUGGACUCUCCUGGUCUUCACGGCUCUCCUCAAGAAUGCCCGAGCAGAAUGUCACCUCGAGGAAAAUUGUACAGCAGAGUCAUUAACAACAUUAAGAAAAACAGUCACAACAGAAACAACAGUCACUCUUCCAAACUGCAGUUUAUCCACUGGUAACCUCUCUGGAAAUGGUUCCAUAACUCAUCUGACUCCUGGAGCUGUCUAUCAAAUCAAUUUUCAUUGUCGGAACUGCUGCAAAGAGGUCACAAUGAAGCCUGAAAAAGUCAACAAUCUUGACGUCACUGACAUCACAACAUCUUCUAUAUUUCUGAACUGGACAAAACCAAAUGGAAACAGCUCUUUCUAUAGAGUAAACUGGACAGAUGGAACUAAGACAAAUGAUACCAAUGUGACUGAAACAUACAUAAACAUUACUGACCUGACUGCUGGUGUCCGGUAUACAGUAAAUGUGACUGCUGUGGCAGAUGAUCAUGUUACUGAAGGAGCCAGUGUCAGUGUGUCCAACUACACAAAGCCUGAAAGGGUCGGCAAUCUUAAAAUCACUGGUUUCACAACAUCCUCUAUAUCUCUGAACUGGACUAAACCAAAUGGAAACAGCUCUUCCUAUAGAGUUCAAUAUACAGAUGGAACUGAGACUAAUAAUACCAGUGUGACUCAAACAUACAUAAACAUUACUGACCUGACUGCUGGUGCCCAGUAUACAGUAACUGUGACUGCUGUGGCACAUGAUGGUCUCACUGAAGGAACCAGUGUCAGUGUGUCUCAGUACACAAAGCCUGAAGUAGUCAGGAAUCUCACCAUCACUGAUUUCACAACAUCUUCAAUAUCUCUGAACUGGACUAAACCAGAGGGAAACAGCUCUUUCUAUAGAGUUCAGUGGACAGAUGGAACUGUAACUAAGAGUGCCAAUGAGACUGGAACAUACAUGACCAUUACUGACCUGACUGCUGGUGUCCGGUAUAACAUGAGUGUUACUGCUGUGGCAGAUGAUCAUGUUACUGAAGGAGCAAGUGCUGAUGUGUUUCAGUACACAAAGCCUGAAGUAGUCAGAAAUCUCACUGUCUCUGAUUUCACGACAUCUUCAAUAUCUCUGAACUGGACUAAACCAAAUGGAAACAGCUCUUUCUAUAGAGUUCAAUAUACAGAUGGAACUGAGACUAAUAAUACCAGUGUGACUCAAACAUACAUAAACAUUACUGACCUGACUGCUGGUGCCCAGUAUACAGUAACUGUGACUGCUGUGGCACAUGAUGGUCUCACUGAAGGAACCAGUGUCAGUGUGUCUCAGUACACAAAGCCUGAAGUAGUCAGGAAUCUCACCAUCACUGAUUUCACAACAUCUUCAAUAUCUCUGAACUGGACUAAACCAGAGGGAAACAGCUCUUUCUAUAGAGUAAAGUGGACAGAUGGAACUGUAACUAAGAGUGCCAAUGAGACUGGAACAUACAUGACCAUUACUAACCUGACUGCUGGUGUCCAGUAUAACAUGAGUGUUACUGCUGUGGCAGAUGAUCAUGUUACUGAAGGAGCAAGUGCUGAUGUGUUUCAGUACACAAAGCCUGAAGUAGUCAGAAAUCUCACCGUCUCUGAUUUCACAACAUCUUCAAUAUCUCUGAACUGGACUAAACCAGAGGGAAACAGCUCUUUCUAUAGAGUUCAGUGGACUGGUGGAGACAUACAUGACUCUGUACAUGUGUCUGAGACAUUUAAGGUCAUUACUGACCUGACUGCUGGUGUCCAGUUUACAAUAAGUGUUACUGCUAUGACACUUGGUCUCACUGAAGGAACCAGUGUCAAUGUGUCUCAGUUCACAAAGCCUGAAGUAGUCAGAAAUCUCACUGUCUCUGGUUUCACUACAUCCUCUAUAUCUCUGAACUGGACUAAACCAAAUGGAAACAGCUCUUUCUAUAGAGUUCAAUAUACAGAUGGAACUGAGACUAAUAAUACCAGUGUGACUCAAACAUACAUAAACAUUACUGACCUGACUGCUGGUGCCCAGUAUACAGUAACUGUGACUGCUGUGGCACAUGAUGGUCUCACUGAAGGAACCAGUGUCAGUGUGUCUCAGUACACAAAGCCUGAAGUAGUCAGGAAUCUCACCAUCACUGAUUUCACAACAUCUUCAAUAUCUCUGAACUGGACUAAACCAGAGGGAAACAGCUCUUUCUAUAGAGUAAAGUGGACAGAUGGAACUGUAACUAAGAGUGCCAAUGAGACUGGAACAUACAUGACCAUUACUAACCUGACUGCUGGUGUCCAGUAUAACAUGAGUGUUACUGCUGUGGCAGAUGAUCAUGUUACUGAAGGAGCAAGUGCUGAUGUGUUUCAGUACACAAAGCCUGAAGUAGUCAGAAAUCUCACCGUCUCUGAUUUCACAACAUCUUCAAUAUCUCUGAACUGGACUAAACCAGAGGGAAACAGCUCUUUCUAUAGAGUUCAGUGGACUGGUGGAGACAUACAUGACUCUGUAAAUGUGAAUGAGACAUUUAAGGUCAUUACUGACCUGACUGCUGGUGUCCAGUAUACAAUAAGUGUUACUGCUGUGGCAGAUGAUCAUGUUACUGAAGGAACCAGUGUCAGUGUGUCUCAGUUCACAAAGCCUGAAGUAGUCAGAAAUCUCACUGUCUCUGGUUUCACUACAUCCUCUAUAUCUCUGAACUGGACUAAACCAAAUGGAAACAGCUCUUUCUAUAGAGUUCAAUAUACAGAUGGAACUGAGACUAAUAAUUCCAGUGUGACUCAAACAUACAUAAACAUUACUGACCUGACUGCUGGUGUCCGGUAUAACAUGAGUGUUACUGCUGUGGCAGAUGAUCAUGUUACUGAAGGAGCAAGUGCUGAUGUGUUUCAGUACACAAAGCCUGAAGUAGUCAGAAAUCUCACCGUCUCUGAUUUCACAACAUCUUCAAUAUCUCUGAACUGGACUAAACCAGAGGGAAACAGCUCUUUCUAUAGAGUUCAGUGGACUGGUGGAGACAUACAUGACUCUGUAAAUGUGAAUGAGACAUUUGUAGUCAUUACUGGCCUGACUGCUGGUGUCCAGUAUACAAUAAGUGUUACUGCUGUGGCGCUUGAUCGUCUCACUGAAGGACAGAGUGAUGCCGUUUCCCAAUACACAAAACCAGGUGAAAUUGAGAACGUCAACGUGUCCUCAAGCACCACCUCCAUCUCACUGUCUUGGACUCCACCUCCUGGUCAGGUGUCCGACUACAAGGUGGAGUGGGAUAAUAGUGGAACUCCAAUGACCAGAUUUACGUCCAAUGAAACCUCUGCCUUGUUAUCAGACCUGAUCCCUGGUACUAACUACAUGAUCACAAUCACUGCUGUUGCUGGACCCAACAAAACUAAAGGAGAUGGUCGCACCCUCUCCUCCUUCACAAAGCCUGAAGUAGUCAGGAACCUCACUGUCACUAAUUACACAACAUCCUGGAUAUUUGUGAACUGGACUGAACCAGAGGGAAACAGCUCCUUCUACAGAGUUCAGUGGAAAGAUGGAAAUGUAUCUGAGAGUGACAAUGUGACGGAAGCACAUAAAAACAUUACUAACCUGACUCCUGGUGUCCGAUAUAACAUAACCGUUACUGCAGUGGCAGGCGAUAAUCAUACUGAGGGACAGAAUUCUGCUGUUUCCCAUUACACAAAACCAGGUACCAUUGAGAACAUCAACGUGUCCUCAAGCACCACCUCCAUCUCACUGUCUUGGACUCCACCUCCUGGUCAGGUGUCCGACUACAAGGUGGAGUGGAAUGAUGGUGAAACUCCACUGACCAGAUUUACGUCCAAUGAAACCUCUGCCGUGUUAUCAGGCCUGAUCCCUGGUACUAACUACAUGAUCACAAUCACUACUGUUGCUGGAGACAACCAAACUGAAGGAGAACCUUUUACAUUCACCUAUAUCACAGAACCUGCUGUAGUCAAAGAUCUCACCAUCACCAAAGUCACAACAACAUCUGUGUCUCUAAACUGGACUAAACCAGAAGGCAAUGCGGACCAGUACAGAAUUCUGUGGACUACGGGAGAAAAUCCUUUCCGUAACACCACCACCACUGAAACUUCCUUUACUAUCAGAGAUUUAUUCCCAGGAUUCCAGUACAACAUUACAGUGACCGCUGUUGUUGGACAGCCACCAAAAGAGGGGGGAGAAACCUUAAACACAACCUUCACCAGGCCUGACAAGCCAGAGAACAUUAGUGCCGUACCAGGAACAGACGACUUGAUCAUCAGCUGGACUUUGCCCAGAGGAAGGGUUGAUGACUACGUGGUGAACGUCUCACAUGAAGAUCCGUCGUAUUCGUAUUCAAAUUCCACUCGAACGGCAGACACCACGGCCAACUUUGCUGAUUUAUAUCCUGGGAGAAUCUUUGCUAUCGUCGUGACUGCUGUAGCUGGAGACUUCCAUAACUCAUCCGACUCGUCUUCAUUUGCCACCGUUCCCACUCCUCCUGGUUCCAUCAUCUUCAGUCAGCGGAACGUCUCUUCUCUCCAUGUGGAGUGGACGACUCCUGUUGGGAUGGAGGGAGCUCCAAACAUCAGCUACCACAUCACCUACCAGGAUGACGGUCGUGAGAUAGGAACAGACUCCACAGACAAUAACACAGAGCUGUCUUCACUCUCAUCUGGAACAUUCUACAAUGUAACUGUACAAACUGUUGGACCCCAAAACUUAACGAGCACCAUUGUCCAUAAUUCUACCUUCACCCUGCCACACCCAGUGCAGCAACUUGAAGCUCGCCCUAAAAAUACAACUUCAAUAACAGUGGAAUGGACACACCCACAGGAAUAUAAAUCGUAUUACAAUUACUCGGUUCAAACCUACUACGAAACAGGAGCCCAGGUUGAGUCAAAAACAUCAGUAAUAACUUCUGAUGUAACUGGUCUGGAGCCUGGAUCUAAAUAUAAUAUCAGCGUCACAACAAUCGCUGCACCUGGAAGUGAAUCCACCUGGCCCAAAGCAGUGACCAACCUCACAGCAGGACCCGUGAACACGACAGCCAUCAGGUUGACGUGGAUCGGACAAAAACCUGGAAACCUCUACAUCUUCUAUGUGUACACAGUUGUAGCAGGGGUCAAGUCAGCGAGAGAAACAACACAGAGUUACACAAUGCCUGAACCAGUCCAUAACCUUACAGCCAUAGGAAGCACAACCAACCUGACAGUGAGCUGGAUAGCAGGCUCUGGGAAAGUGUCCUCGUACUCUGUCCUGCUGUGCAAAGAUUCACAAUUGGUUAAAAAUGCCACAGAUCUGAGCAACACGACUACAAACAAAACAUUUAUGGACUUAAGCCCUGGAGUGCUCUACCUUGUGAAGGUGUUCACCAAAAGUGGAAAUUUGGAGAAUCCAGCAAAUGUUUCCAACGCAACCUUUCCAAACCCUCCUGGUCCCAUCAUAGUGGAGUCUCAGACUGUUCGAUCCAUCAACUUCACCUGGCCCCUCCCAGUGGACAUGAACCACAGUCAGUGCAGAUUCAACGUGUCCAGCGCUAACGGCCACAACCAGACUCAAAACACCUGGUUCCUGCUGGACAACCUGACCUCUGGAAGCCCCCACAAUAUCUCUGUUGUUACUGUGGGUGUGUGGAACUAUGAGAGCACAGCAGUGACAGCAGAAAACUACACCAGACCAUAUUCUGUAACCAACCUGACAGAGACAGAAAUCACCACAGACGCCGUGACGCUGGUGUGGGAGCAGCCGGAGGUCAGAUCAGACUACACAUAUCUGGUGCAGGUCUCCAACGGCUCCUUUGAUAUUAUUUCUAAAAACGAGUCAGUAACCAAUACAACAGUCAGUGAACUUCUCUCUGGGAGCAACUUCAGCUUCACCGUCACCACACGGACAGCAGAUGGCACCAAAGCCGAUCCUGUGACAGUGUCCUACUUCACAAGGCCGUUCAGUAUCAGUGGGUUGGUGGCUGAAACCUUAAACACAACCGCUAUAAACCUGACUUGGAUGAAACCGCUCGAGUACAAGGAUGACUAUAAAUAUUUGAUUAAGACUACAGGCUGCCCCUCCAAAAACACAACCCAUGCAGAAGAAAUGGUGGUGAUCUCAGGGCUCCAGUCUGGAACCAAGUGCACCUUCUGCAUCUCCGUCAUGGCUGCAAACGGCAUCGAAGGGAAAGAAAACUGCACCUCUCAGUACACUAGACCUGAGCCACGACUUCCCAGCAUCUCCAGCAACGGCUCCAACAGUUCAGUUGUGGUGUCAUGGACCAGACCUCCAAAGGGGAAUAUAGAGUUUUAUAAGGUUUAUCUAAACAGUACCUCAGGAUUUUUAGAUGGGCCAGUGGAGCUGAACACUAAUGACACCUUCUACCAGUUUGAGAACCUGUCCGCUGGAACAUUGUACAGCGCCAUUCUGAUCACAUGCAGUGGACCCUUCAAUGCAUCGUCUGAAUAUGUUACUAAUGCAACUUUCCCAAACCCUCCUGGACCGAUUGAGAUCCAGGAAAAGAUGACCAGCUCCAUUAAGUUCAACUGGGGAGAAGCUCCUCAGAUGUCUGGCAGAUCAUUCCACUACCAAGUGACAAUCAAACCAUCCCAGGGAGGUGGAAACAUCACGACCACCGCCACCAAUCAUACGUUUGCCUCCCUGCCUUCUGGGACUUCCUUCAACAUCUCCGUGGUGACCGUGGGUGUUUGGGGUUUUGUGAGUAGAAGGGUUUACCGCAACAUGGUCACCACAAGACCACUGAGUGUGCGGAAUCUUACAGAGACUCCAGGGGAGGUGAGCGUAGCAGUCCAUUGGACCAGACCUGACGAAUACAAGGAGAGCUAUCGUUACAAUGUGACCUGGCAGAGAUCAGAUGGGGCCAACAAUGCCAGCACCAAAAUUCAAUCACAAACUGAGGUUACCAUCAACAACCUGGAUCCUGGUAGCAGCUAUAACAUUAGCGUCACCACUAAGACCUCUGAUGGGACGCUGGGUGCUCCAAUAACGACUUCCACAUGCACAAGUAUGAUCAAAGAUUUGAAGCGUGCAGGUGAGGGUGGAGGGAAAUACGAGGACUACUACAGGAAGCAGAAAGCAGACUCCAACUGCUUUGCCGAAGAAUUUGAGGAUCUGAAGGUUGUUGGUACAUCUCAGGCAAAAAUACACGCGCUGACUUUGGAUAACAAGCCCAAGAACCGCUACAACAACGUGCUUCCCUAUGACUCGUCUAGGGUGAAACUCUCUAUUAUCCAUGGAAGCCCACAUGAUGACUACAUCAAUGCUAGCUACAUGCCGGGUUACCUCUCCAGGAAGGAGUUUAUUGCAGCUCAGGGUCCUUUGCCCACCACAGUCAACGAGUUCUGGAGGAUGAUCUGGGAGAAGAAUGUGCAGACUUUGGUCAUGUUGACGCGCUGCAACGAACAGGGACGAGUGAAAUGUGAGCAGUACUGUUCUGGCACCAAGCACUUUGAAAACAUCACUGUGAAAACAACCUCUGAAAUACCACUGGAAGACUGGACCAUCAGGGACUUCGACAUUAAAAAUGUGAAAACAGCAGAGACUCGUUCAAUUCGUCAUUUCCACUUCACAGCUUGGCCGGAUCACGGUGUGCCAGAAACCACGGAGCUCCUCAUCAGCUUCAGACAUUUGGUCAGAGAGCACAUGAACCAGUACUCCAGACACUCCCCCACUGUGGUGCACUGCAGUGCUGGCGUUGGACGCACAGGCACCUUCAUCUCCAUCGACCGUCUCAUCUUCCAGAUUGAAAGGGAAAACAUCGUGGACGUGUUCGGCAUCGUUUACGACCUGCGCAUGCAUCGACCCCUGAUGGUCCAGACGGAGGACCAGUAUGUGUUCUUGAACCAGUGUGCCUUGGACGUCAUCCGGUCGAGGACGGGCACCAACGUGGACCUGAUCUACCAAAACACGGCUGCGCUUUCCAUUUAUGAGAACGUGGAACCAAAGAAAAGGUAUUCAAAAAAUGGAUACCACAACGCAUAGACCCGGGAAGUGGUUCACUUCUUCUCUAACUGAGCAGACAUUUGUAAAGGGAAGAUUGUGCCGUAUUUAUUUUUAUAUCUGCCACGCUUUUGUUAAGAAUCUUCUGACUUUCUGGAUUUAUUUUGUGAUAUUUAUUUGUUAAAGAUGUUGUUUGAUCAUGGAGAAUAUGGAGAUGCAAUAGUGAACAUAACCACUGACCAAAAGAAAUGUGUCAACUUCUGCCUUGGAUUCUCUCCUGUUAUUGCAGAUUUUUGUACAUUGCUCUGUCGUUUUAUAAUAUCUCUCUGCUUACUACUGUGUAUGACUCACUGAUGAUCACAUUUCUUGGCUCAGGAAGUAUGUCGGAUGCUGUAUAGGUAUUAUUAGAGACACUUUUGAUAAAGAGAAUGGUGUAAUUAAUUGAUCCUUUAGAAGUGCCUUGUACAAAACAAAUGCUGGUACACUGUGUGCCUUUUUAACAACCUGUAUGCUUAACACCACUAGGUGGCACUCUUCUUUUUGUUUUGACCUGAGAAAGACAAAUAGGGACUGUUGUGAUAUUGUCUUGAUACAGGAAGCUGAAAAGUAGCCGUUUUGUUGCAUAUCUUACACCUAAAUUAACUGUGCAAUGUGUUUUAAUUACGUUUGUUGUACACUGUAUUGUGAAUAAUGCACUGGAUGCAUUUGUCUUCUACACUGUCCGCUAUAGAGAUGUUUUUAUCAGGGAUCUUGAUUGGCCAGUGCUUUGUGAAACUGUUUAUUUUUGCCAUUUCACCCCUCAGGAAGUCAAAGAAAACUGGCAGCUGUGGUGUGAAAAAAAUCCACUCUGGACCGGUGUGUUAAACUUAGAGGUCACAUCCGUUGUUUUGUGUCGUUAAUGCCCGUAUUUUCUACUUCGUACAUUCCUCACAGAAACUGUAAAGUUAUGUCACUUCCUGCUACAUAUCUGAUCCAUCUAUGGACAUUUCCUGUUACAAAAAGAAAACAAUCUCCAGGGAACCUUGAGCUUUAUUCUCAGCUUCUAAAGGGCAGAAUUUUUCCAUGAGGCAGGUACUUUUUUUUUUUAAUGGUUGAUGUAUGUGGUUAGUCUGUAGAUAUUUCUAAGUCCAUGUUAUGUUUUUUAUUACAUACAUAUAUCAUAUAAAUGAUUUUAAGUGAGCACUUAUGUUCUUUUUAAAAAUGAAAGAUAAUUUUAAAUAGACGUGAAGUUUUAGUUUGUUGUCGUUGACGUGCUUUAUACGAUGCUUGCUGGUACAAUGCAAAUAUAUAAAAUAUAAAAGAGAGCAAGGAAAUAAAAUGUGUAUAGCUUUCAAUCUGUCAAAUGAAACGAGAUUAAAGAUGUUAUUACAUGACA